GCAGUCGUUCCAGUACCAGACGCGUUCCGGAGCCGGUACGAUGCCGUUGCCCUUCAACAAGACUUUGGAUUUAAAGUUAUUGAAACUGGUCAAAGAAAAUCCCAUCAUUUAUAACAAGAAGCACUCGAAAUAUUUAGAUUUUGACUCGAGGGAGGUGGUGUGGCAAAAAAUCGGUGAUAUUUUAAACAGGCCAGCACAGAUCUGUAAAUCUAGAUGGAUUAAUAUACGGGACAUGAUGCGUCGGAAGAUCAGGGACCGGCUCAGGAACCCGAGCCACAGAAGUUACAACUAUAAAUACGAAGACCAGCUGUCUUUUAUGAUGCCAUACUUCACCGAGGGCGCUACCAGCGACGAGUUCAAUGAUUUCUUACAGGAAACUAACUGCGAAGUGGAACUACCAGAUUACAGCCAAGACUUCGGACACGAGAGGGAAGUCAAACCCAGCGUGGGCUUCAGGAAGCGGCAGGAAGACUACCUGCCAAACGACUUCCAAGAACUAAACCCGUCUGACCCAUUGGACGUGUUCCUUAUAACAGUGGGUUCAACCUUAAGAAAGUUCAGCCCAUACUAUUUGAAUCAAGCUAAGAGCAAAAUCUUCCAAGUGGUCCAAGACUACGAGCUACAGCAGAUCGUUAACAAAGACGAGCAACCAGAAAACAGUGACGCAAACAGGUGAACGGACUAGUUGUCGGGGUUGCUGUUACAGUAGUGACCCUUGACCUUACACUGAUGGCCAUAUUUUUUUUGGUCGUAACGUCAAAGGUCAUGUUUCAUAAAGGGUGCUAUAAAUAUCGUUAUAUAUAAUUAAAACAGUGUCGCUCAAAGUCGUCUAAGAAUUGUAUUAAGACUAGGUUUAAGAUUUUGUAAAUAAACAUUUUAUAUAUCGUUGA